AUGGAUAGUGAACUACAAAAACCCGCUCAAUUUCUGAGAGUCAGGCAAAGACAAGUAGUUCAUCUGCUUUGCUUGUUGAUGGCCAUUCUGACAUAUCGUGCCCUUGCCAACACAAACCGUCCCAAAUUACCUUCUAGGAAACUUAUAUUAAAACGGCAACGUAUACGUGAACAGUUGCUACACGACCUUUCAAACGGCGGUCAAUGUCGUGAACUUAUCCGUAUGAGUGAGCAGGCUUUUAAGAAAUUGUGCACUAUCUUACAACAAGUUGGUGGUCUUCGAGCUACUCAACGCAUGUCCGUUGAAGAGCAUGUUGCAAGAUUUUUGCACAUUGUCGGCAAUGAUUUUAGAAAUCGAUUUGUCUCUUGGCUAUAUCGUCGCUCUAAAUCCACUACAAGUAGGUGCUUCCAUAGAGUUCUCCGAGCAAUUAUAUCACUGGAGAGUUAUUAUAUUCAACAACCAAAAGGUGAUGUUGUACAAAAAGAAAUUCAAGAAAAAAAACGAUUUUAUCCUUACUUCAAGAAUUGUAUAGGUGCAGUUGACAGGACACAUGUUCGUGUCAAAGUACCUAACAAAGAUGCCCCUAGAUAUUGUGGUCGCAAGGGAUACCCUACGAUAAAUGUCUUAGCUGCUUGUACAUUUGAUUUAAAAUUUACGUACAUUUUAAGUGGCUGGGAGGGUACAGCAUCAGACUCAAGGAUACUAAAGAAUGCACUCAAUAGAGAAGAUAAACUAGUAAUUCCAAAGGGUCGAUACUAUUUGGUAGAUGCUGGUUUGCCCCAUACAACUACACUAAUGGCACCAUAUCGCGGUGUCAGAUAUCAUUUGAAAGAGUAUUCUGCUCGUGCCCCUGAGAAUGCAAAAGAGUUAUUUAAUCUCCGUCAUGCUUCAUUACGUAACGCUAUAGAACGGGCAUUUGGUGUUUUAAAGAGAACGUUUCCUAUCAUUAGAAGUACACAAGAACCUUUUUAUUCUUGUGAAACACAAUCAGACAUUUUCUUGGCAUGUUGUAUUUUACAUAACUUUUUGUUAGAAGAAGAUCGAGACAAAAAUCUUGAAGAUGAGGUCAAAAUGAUGAAGGAAGAACAAGUUACUAAGAAAGAACACAUAAAAUGGACAGAUUGGAUGGAUUCUUGUUUUAUUCAAUCUAUGAUGACACAAGAUGACAAAGGAUUAAGGAUUAGUGGGAGUUUCAUCCCACAAGCAUACUCUAACAUGGUGGAGGAGCUUAAUCAAAAGUUUGGGAAGAGUUUAACAAAAAGUCAUUUAAAGAAUCGUUUGAAAACUUUAAAAUCAGGUUUCUCGCAAUGGUAUGACAUGUUCCGCGGAACUUCAUUGAGUGCGUUCGAUUGGAAUUCUGAAACACAACUAAUUGAAGCGGACGAGGAAGUGUGGGCCAACCUAAUUAAUUCAAAGCCAGAGGCAAUUUCAUUGAAGUCCAAAAAAAUACCAAACUACAAUGAAAUGAUAGCUUUGUUUGCGAAAGAUAGGGCUUCAGGGGUGCAUGUUGAAACCCCGAAAGAGAAGAAUGCUCGAUUGAACAAGAUUGGGGAUAUCAAAGUAGAAAAAAUUGAAGAAGUGGAUCAGUUACUAGCAAGCAAUGACAUAACACUUGAGAAACAACAAAAAAAUAAUGAUGAUGAUGAUGAUGGUCUUGAUGAUAUUCAAGUGUUAUCUCCUACAUGCUUUUCACCGGUGCAAAAUUCAAGUUCUAAGAAGUACAAAACUAAAAAAAGGAAACAUGAAAUUGAAGAUGAAGAUGAACCUGAAGUUGAACCUGAAUCGUUUGAAAAGGUUAUUAUGAGUGCAGUUAAAGAUGUGGCUUCUGCUAUGAGGGAGGGUAACAAAAUCUUCGAAAACUCUCAUCAUCGAGUUUAUACUGGUGAUGAAAUUUAUAAAGAGUUGGAGCCAAUGGAUUUGGAACCCGAUGAAUUAGUGGAAGCUCUCAUGUUUUUGUUGCAAAAUCAAUCUGAUGCAAGGACGUUAUUUAGAGUUCCAUUUAAAAUACGAAAAACUUUGCUGAAAAAAAUGAUGGGGGCAAGUAAAUGA